ACAAAACCUUACUCAGUCGUCAUCAUCAUCACUAUGCGCCUUCAACCCCACUCUCCCGCAAAACCAAAAACUCACACAUCCUCUUUCUCUCUCUAGAAACUAGAAUCUAAUAUAUUCUCUACUCUACUCUCUCUCUAGAGACCUGAUUGAUUGCGAAAUAGUUACUUUAUUCCAUGUCUUAGUCUUUAAGUUUAUCGUCAACGAAGAGUCAAACCAUGGGGCACAUUAGCGAGAACAUUAAUGUCAUGGGAGCAUUCGAAGCGAUAUCGAUCGGUAGCCCAAUUUUUAAUGGGGGAAACGAAGAAGACGAGGGAUCGACUAUGUCGGAAACCCAAUUGCAGCAAACCGGAAAGGAUCCGAGAAGAAUUGCGAGAGGUUACCAGAUUGAAUUAUGUCAAAAGGCUUUAAUGGAGAACAUUAUAGUGUAUUUAGAAACAGGUUGUGGCAAAACCCACAUUGCUGUUUUACUUAUUUAUGAGAUCAAACGCCAGAUGAAGAAGUCCCAAAAGGAGAUAUGCAUUUUUCUUGCUCCCACUGUGGCUCUUGUUGAACAACAAGCCAAGGUUAUAAAAGAUUCUUUAGAUGUAGAAGUUGGAAUCUAUUGUGGGAGUUCUAAUCGUUUGAAGGGUCAUCAUGAUUGGGAGAAGGAAUUGGAACAACACGAGGUCUUUGUCAUGACCCCACAAAUCUUGUUGCAUAAUUUAUCACACUGCUUCAUUAGGAUUGAGCACAUUGCCCUUCUUAUAUUUGAUGAGUGCCAUUAUGCACAAGUUGAAAGUAAUCAUCCUUAUGCUGAAAUCAUGAAGAUAUUUUACAAACCAGGUGUUGCUAAACUUCCCCGUAUAUUUGGCAUGACUGCAUCACCAAUAUUUGGGAAAGGUGCUUCUAUUGGUAGUCUUGAGACCUUACUUCAUGCCAAGGUUUAUACUGUUGAAGCCAGGGAAGAGCUAGAUCGAUUUGUGUCAUCCCCUAAAGUUAAUGUCUAUUAUUAUGGCACUACUAUAAGCAAUUCAUUAAGCCCUCAUGUUACUUAUUCUGCAAGACUUGAAACAAUAAAGGCUGAGUGUAUGUUAGCUUUGAUCACAAAGAUUGAGGAUCUUUCUAUUCUUAAGAACACCAAAAAGGCACUUCAACGUCUUCAUGGAAAUCUGUUGUUUUGUCUUGAAAAUCUUGGCCUUUGGGGAGCAUUACAAGCAUGUCGGAUUUUGUUGAAAGGAGAUCUGGUUGAGAGAAAUGAAGUUAUUGAGGUAAAUGAGGAAUGUAGUGAUGAUAUUCUAUGUGGAAGUUUUCUAUCACAAGUUGCUUCCUACUUCACUUCCGAAUGCAAAAAAGAUUACCCUAUUGAAGCAAACUGCAUGGAAGCUGAUUUAUCAUCCGUGGAGGCUUUGAAAGUUCCGGAUUUCUCUUGGAAGCUCUUACGACUAAUCCAAAUUCUUUCCAAUUUUAGGGCAAUACCGGAUAUGAAAUGUAUAAUAUUUGUGAAUAGAAUCAUAACUGCUAGAUCGUUAGCAUAUGUCCUUCAACAACUUAGGUUUUUAUCCGCAUGGAGGUGUAGUUACCUUGUUGGGGUCCACUCAGGGCUCAGAAAUAUUUCACGAAAAAGCACAAACGCCAUUUUAGAGAAGUUUCGUUCCGGUGAGUUGAAUUUGUUAGUAGCAACAAAAGGUGGGAGAGGAAGGGCUUGA